CAAAUUAUUUUUGUUAACAACUAUCUCUUUAAAUUUGAACAUGGAUGUUCAUAUUUCUCAUGCGUUUAUUUUUCUUUUGGAUUUCCCCUUCAUCGUUUCAACAUAAAAAUGAUAAAUCAGUAUAAUAUGAUGAUGAAAAUAAUUGCCGAUGUACCCAAUAAACUGCAGAAACAAGCUAAAAUUACGUAAGCUGACAGUGAAUAGUCAAUUGUCUGCGAUACAAUCGAGAUCGAUCAAAGGGAACGAUUUGUUGUAAAUCAUGUUUCCCCCUUUUUUCCCAAUCGACUUCCGAUUGCAUCAUCUCAACCUUGAAUCAUACUCUUUUCAUCCAUCCCCAAAUCUAACAAGGUUUUGGUCCACCUUUUCCGCCCUCAAAAAUGUCACAACAUCGCCUAAAGUUAAAGCAGCAGCAGCAGCAGCAGGCCUGUCUCUCCCUUUCUCGGGCAGCGCGUCCUCCCACAGGUGAACUCCUAUUUCAUUUUUAUGUAAUCGGGAAAUCUAAGAACCCUAAUCGCAAAAGCCAAGGAUUACAACGAUUUUGUCUCGACUUUAUUGAUUUGGUGAAGUUUCGGGAUGGAAAAAAGUAGAAAUUUGGUGUCGGUUUUCAAACUAAAAUCCACUGUUUUGUUAAAGCAAAGCUUUAAAAAAAGAAGAUCUCUCUCCCUCUCUAUCUCUCUCUUUCCCUUUCUCUCUCUCUCUCUGUUGUUGUCUUCUUACAUGGCGCACACGCACACAGUGCGUGUAUGCGAUACAGUGAAAGUGACCCAAAUAAAGAAAGAAAGAAAGAGUGGUCAGCAGCCUACAGGGUACACUAAAAUGAUGAUGAGGGAAUCUCUUUUUCUCUUUCACUGUUAACUUUACCAGUUUCCUCUUCCCUAUUUCAUCUUUUUUCACACACAAACACUUCUGUCUUGUGAUUAUCAUUUUCUUGUAGUGUUUGUCAUGCUUUUGGACCUGUGUGUGAUGAGAUGAUCUAAAAUGUCAGUUCUCUAUAUGGGUUUUUCUUUAACUGAUGACCUUGAGAUGAAAGAAGGGGUGGUGGUUCAAUUGAAAGACGACUCCGGUUUUGAUUUGGAACCGGAGUUUGAGUUUUGGCCGGUUCAACACCCAUCCGAACCUUCCCAUGAAGAUAGACCGGUUCAGUGUCCUAUCCCUCACUCUUCCCACCUCAUCAAUGAUGAAAGAAUGCAGGAUGAUCGGUUUUCUGAUCGGAAGAGACCGGAAGUUACAGAAUCACCGGCGGCCACCAUUAGAACAGUUCGGAAAAGGCAUCACGACCACACAGAUACCAUCGCACCAUUGCUGCAAACGCCGACUGUGGCUCUUUAUCCUCAUUUGCAUCAGAAGAUGAAUACGACUGUUUUCAAUAAGUUUCAUCAAGUUCACAGGUUUGAGUCUUGAAAUAGGAGAUCAAAAUCUGGAAUUGAUGCUUAAGUUGCAGGUUUUUAUGCAUUCUGAUCAUCAUGGUGUUUUAUGACAAGUUAACUUUUAGGUUUAAGGUGAUGAUAAUAGUGGAUUAGAUGAUGUACUUUGGUGAAACUAUUUACUAUUUAUGUAUGUAUAAUACGAUAUGAGCUAC